AUGAUGGGAAAACAAAACUGUCCCAGUAAUCUGUGUGUGUCUUCACCAGAAACGGCAGAACAGCCUAGCGUCUCUGUGGAAGAUGAACUGACAUCAGGGGAACAGGUGAGCGCUACCUGUGCCGUGUCUCAUUCCUGUCCGUCAGAUCUGCCUCAGGUCACCUGGAGCCACCAAGGCUCACACUCGGGUCCAUCACAGCCACAAGAUCACGGCCAAUGGAAACUUACAUCCUACAGCCUGACCUUCACUCCUUCAAGAGAAGACCAUAACACACGUCUCAACUGCACUGCAGACUUUAAAGGGAAGACAGUGACAGGCUACAAAACACUCACAGUUAAAUAUCCUCCUUAUAAUGUAAAAGUAGUCACAGGACCUCCAGUAAAGGAGAAUGAGUCUGUAACACUGACCUGCUCCAGCGACAGCAACCCUCCUGCAACCAGCUAUGAGUGGUUCAGCUUAAACAAGACAUUGGUAGCAAAGGGAUCCUCUUAUCAACUGAUGAAAGUCUCUCGGCAUACUGAAGCCAUUUCCUGUACAGCCAUCAACACAGAGGGAAGAAACAGCUCUAAACCACAUCAAAUUAAUGUUCUGUAUCCUCCUUUUAAUGUAAAAGUAGUCACAGGACCUCCUGUGAAGGAGAAUGACUCUGUAACACUGACCUGCUCCAGUGACAGCAACCCUCCUGCAACCAACUAUGAGUGGUUCAGCUUAAACAAGUCAUUGUUAGCAAAGGGAUCCUCUUAUCAACUGGUGAAAGUCUUUCGGGAUACUGAAGCCAUUUCCUGUACAGCCAUCAACACAGAGGGAAGAAACAGCUCUGAUCCACAGAAACUCGAUAUAUUAUAUCCUCCUGAUAUUAAAAAUGAAUCAUCUUGCCAGUCUGUGAGCUCUACAGUCUGUGUCUGUAUUGUGGACUCCAACCCUCCCAGUGAAGUCAAGUGGUUUGGUCCAAAUUUCUCGAAAACCUUCCUCAGCUCUAGAACUGAAAUAAAAGAGUCUCUCAGCAUCUUCACUCUGAAAGGUUGGCUGGGUUUCCCUGAUACUGUCCAGUGUGUCGCUACUAAUAGCGUGGGAAGCUCUUCUAUAACUCUGAAAACUACUCAAAAUGGUGAGACUUCACAUCCUGGUUUUUACAACACUAUGAGUCAAGUAGUGUGUCACUAUGAGUCAACAUUAUGA